GCAAAUGUAGGCACUGAGUAACUAAGCAUUGGUAUAGAUGUAUGCCUUGCAGUGGGGCGGUUUCGCUCAACAAGGCUCGAUUGAGAACGUAAACUCAUAAUUAUUGUGUUUAUUCUCUAGCGCGCGCGCUCUCUCUCUCUCUCCUCCCUCUCUAUCUAUUUCUCGCUCUCGUGCACUCUGGUCUGCAUUGCCGCAUGUAAACUGCUCGUUUGGAGUUCGUUUGAUUUACUGCUAGCGGCUUUUCAGUUUCUACGCAUUGCCGUUUUUAAUAUAAACUAUUUCCUUUGGACUGGACAAUAAAAUUAUCAUUAACUUUGUAGAGGGAAGUACGGGUAUUAGAACUAGCCAAGGAGGAAACGGCUCUCAGCUAAACCAGCGAAACGGGCUUCUCCCAAAACGUGAUUGCUUUCCACCACAUCCCAUGGACUGCUGAAUGAAGGUUGUCUAGAACCAGAAUUUAAUGGUGCUACUGAAUGCUCGUUUGCGUUCCGACUCGUGGGGACUGGUCUUAUAUAAAUCUGAUAUAAAUCACAGAUGUCUGUAGUUAAAUUUUCAAAUUUGACGAAAGGGACAGGAUCGGAGCAACAUAGCCUAUUGAUUCGCUUUAAACUCAAUGGCCGCCCUAAUCACAAUGACACUGAAAUAAUGUGAGACGUGGUUUUAACCUGAUGUGAUUUUUCCUCUUCAACGUUUUUCAAGCAGAAAAAGUGUCUCCCAGAAAACAGUGUUUUCAUGUUGAUUAAGCUUCGCGCAUGCGUUGCCAUUAUCGGAAUUAUUUCGCCACCCAGGACUAAGUUGCAUUCCCGAAUCCACACUCGAGCUAAUUCUUUCAUCAAAGUUAGGAAUGUGGACAGUUCAAGAACGAGGAUGUGCCGGGAUUUUGUGUAUUCCUUUGAUGGUCGCCGUUGUCUGCUGUGCACAAAGCGCGAACGAGCCAAGCAACAUGUCCUACGUGAAGGAGACCGUGGACAAAUUGCUGAAAGGAUAUGACAUUCGCUUAAGGCCUGAUUUUGGAGGUGCCCCUGUGGACGUCGGGAUGAGCAUAGACAUCGCCAGCAUCGACAUGGUCUCUGAAGUGAAUAUGGAUUACACCAUCACCAUGUACUUCCAGCAGUCCUGGAGAGACAAGCGGCUGUCCUACACCGGGAUUCCUCUCAACCUGACCCUGGACAACAGGGUUGCUGACCAGCUCUGGGUCCCCGACACCUACUUCAUCAAUGACAAGAAGUCCUUUGUGCACGGCGUGACUGUCAAGAACCGCAUGAUACGCCUGCACCCAGACGGCACCGUGCUGUACGGCCUCAGGAUCACCACCACUGCCGCCUGCAUGAUGGACCUGCGAAGGUACCCCCUGGAUGAACAGAACUGCACCCUGGAGAUUGAAAGCUAUGGCUACACAACGGAUGAUAUCGAGUUCUACUGGCAAGGUGGAAGUGCGGUCACAGGAGUUGACAACAUUGAGUUGCCCCAGUUCUCCAUCAUAAAUUACAGAACGCUGUCCACAAAAGCGGUCUUUACAACAGGGUCCUAUCCCAGACUGUCGCUGAGCUUCAAGCUCAAGAGGAACAUCGGCUACUUCAUCCUGCAGACGUACAUGCCCUCCACCCUGAUCACCAUCCUGUCCUGGGUCUCCUUCUGGAUCAACUACGAUGCAUCUGCUGCAAGGGUGGCCCUAGGUAUCACAACUGUCCUCACCAUGACUACCAUCAGUACUCACCUGCGGGAGACCCUGCCUAAAAUCCCGUACGUGAAGGCCAUCGACAUCUACCUGAUGGGCUGUUUCUUCUUCGUCUUCCUGGCGCUGCUGGAGUACGCCUUCGUCAACUACAUCUUCUUCGGACGGGGCCCUCACCUCCAGAAGAAAGAGGCGGACAAGGCUGCCAAAACAAACAAUGAAAAGGCCAGGGUAGAGACCAACAGGGUGCAGGUGGACGCCCACGGCAACAUCCUCCUCACCAACCUGGAGAUCCGGAACGAGAUGGGUGGCGGCGAGGUGUUAACGGGCCUGGGCGAUCCGCGGACGACCAUGUUCUCCUACGACAGCGCCAGCAUCCAGUACCGCAGGCCCUUGGCCAGCCGGGGGGACCCAUACGGCCGCCCGGCCAUCGACCGGAGCGCAGACCACCAGAAGAGUCGGCUGCGGAGGAGGGCCACCCAGCUCAAGGUCAAGAUCCCCGACCUGACAGACGUGAACGCGGUCGACAAGUGGUCCCGCAUCAUCUUCCCUAUCGCCUUCACGUUCUUUAACCUGGUCUACUGGCUUUAUUAUGUGCACUAAUCCUUCACUACUGCAGCGUAUUCCAACAAUGUUUAUUUUAUUUUAUUUUUUUCUCAGAAGGGGCAUAAGGUAAUAAAUAUGUGCAAAUUUCAAAGCAUGAGGAGGCAUUCAGUCAACAGUCUGAGUUUUGAUCCAAGGCCCUCUAUUGGAAAUAGCUUAUACUGUAGUAGUGAAGAUUCAAAAUACACAUGAACUGUACAGUUCAACUUUGUGCCAAAUGUAACAAUGGUACAGUUAUGGAAAUGACUUCAACCCUGUCCUGUAGCUUAGUGCCAUAGCAGCGUGUUAUUCUGCAUGCAAUUAACAUGUCAGUCUUUUGAUUAUCUUAAAAAGGGCAGACAAAGUAAAUGACACAGAUGAAUGUUUUUGGUUUUUUUUUUCCCUGGCAUUCAUUACAACGCCAGCCCCAGUUGCUGAAAGCAUUAUUCCGAAAUGUUCCACAGAUAUAUACAGUAAAAUGUAAAAGUAUUGGGACAGUGACACUAUUUUGUGUAUCAUGUUCAUCAUACAAGGAAUAUGAGUUUAAAGUUCAGACUGCCAGCUUUAAUUUGAGGGCAUUUACAUCCAUAUUUGGUGAUCCGUGUAAGUAUCACAGCUCUUUUUCAUGCAAAGGCCCCCAUGUUAGGGAAUCAAAGGUAAUUCGACAAUUGGCUGCUCAGCUGUUUCUUGACCAGAUGUGUGUGUUUUAUCAUUACAUCAUGCACAAGAAAGCUAACAAAAGUUCAAGAGUUGAUUCUAGAUGUGGAAUUUGUAUUUGGAGUCUGUUGCUGUUGACUAAGUAAGUCUUAAUGCCAGUAAAAGAUGCCAUUAUGAGGCUGAACAAUACAUUGUGAGGAAGCAAGAAUUCACUGGUGAGCACAGCAAUAGCAAAUGACCUGGGAGACCCUAGAAGACCACUGUUGUGUAUGACCAAAGAAUUCUUUCAAUUGCGAAGAAAAAGCACUAUAAAGAGAAGACUGCACUAGCAUUACCUCAGACGGUUCACUGCAAGAUGCAAACCACUGGUAAGCCUCAAGAGCAGAAUGGCUAGGUGUGAGUUUGCUAAAAAAAGAAAAAAGUACAUUAAACAAACUCUUAUGGAGUGAGUCUUAUGGACUGCUGAGAUGAGUAUUAACGUGUACCAAAAUGAUGGAAAGAAAGAAGUGUGGAGUAUGGAACUGCUCAUGAUUCAAAGCACCCCCCUCAUCUGUGAAACAUGGUGGUGGGAGUGUAUGUAUUUCUGCUUCUGGAACUGGCUCAUGUGUCUUCAUUGAUGAUGAGGCUGCUGCAGGAUGAAUUCUGAAAUGCACAUAUGACCUUGCAUGCAGUGCUUGAAGUCUGUGUUGCAUAGACAUCACCAGGUGCUGGAGUAUCUUCUGUUGCGAUGCUUUUUUCGAGGGCUAAUUGGUUUAAGUUUUCUCUUCAGCAUAUGAAACACAUGUUCAUUUAGAUUUGGAUCGGGGCAAUGAGUUGGCCAAUAUAGAAUUUUCCAGUUUUGGUUUUUGUUGUUUUAACAGUAUGAUUGGAAUGGUUGUCUUGCUGAGAUUGUAAGCAUUUGGGUAAACUUGAGCAGAUAAGAUGCUUCUGUACACUUCAGAAUUCAUUCUGCUGCUACAUCAUCAAUGAACACCAUUGAGCAUUAUCUGUGUUAGCCAUACAUGCCCAAACCAUGACACCCCCACCACCAUGUUUCACAGAUGGGGGGGGGGGGAUGCUUUGGUUCUUAGGCAGUUACUUUUGGCCUCCACACUUAGCUCUUGCUAUCACUCUGAAACACCUAAAUCUUGGUCUCUGUCCAUUGUUAGAACUCUAUAGCCUCUUUUAGAUACUUCUUAGUAAACUAAUCUGGAAAUUCUGUUUUUGCAGCUAACUAGUGUUUUGCAUCUUCCAGUGUAGUUCUGUAGUUCUAUUUGUGAAGUCUUCUGUGGACAUUAGUCACUGAAACAGCUACGCCUGCCUCCUGAAGAGAGUUUCUGAUUGGUCAGACAGGUGUUUGGGAGUUUUUCUUCAUUAUGGUGAGAAUGAUUUGGUCAUCAACUGUUGAGGUCUGCCUUGGUCUACCUUUGUUAUUACUCCUCCAGAGUUCACCAGUGCUCUCUUCCUUCUUAAUGAUGUUCCAAAGAGUUGAUUUUGGUAAGCCUAAGGUUUGGCAUAUGUCUCUAACUUAUCUCCUUGACUUUUGACUUUCUUCGGUAGAACUCUGGCCCUCAUGUCAACAAACACCAAUAACAGGCUCCAAUGGCAAUGAAAACCCUACAAUCAAGACUGUCUUAUACCUGUAGUAAGGAAGAAAUUGAACACACCUGACUAGUUAGAAAUACACGUGAAGCCACUUUUCCAAAACAUUAUAGUGCCCUGAAAUGGGGGGACUAUGUAUAAAGAGUGCUGUAAUUUCUACAUGGUGAAACCAAAAUGUAUAAAAAUAUCCUUUAAAAAAGCUGAAAAUCUGCACUUUUCCCUCUUGUGAAUGGUUUGAUUACAAAUCGAAAAUUAUGGAGUGCAUUAUGGAGCCCAUAGAUAUUAUAUGCUUCAAAUAUUUAAAAAACAUACCAUUUUAAUUCAUUGUACAAGUUCUGUAUAUCUACAUAUUGCUCUUUGUGUUUUAUUAUAAAUGGAAUUUUGCAAUAUUUUGUACUAUUUCACAGUUUCUGCACAAAUGAAAAUGGCUGUAAGACUUACGAACAACUUAUGAAUAGUACACAUAAUGUAUAUUACGACUUUAUUAGGGUACCCAGUCUGAAGCAGAGCUAAUUUGCAUGAUUAUAUUUCAUCUGUGAUAUGAUAUAUCGUAGUUUCACCUUUGUGUCUGUAUUAAGAACAUGUAUAUACACAUGUAUUUUUGUGUUUCAGUUCUAAGACAUGAACAGCACUUUUCAACUGAAGAUAUAUCAGCAGUUGAUCUUUAAAAAAAGCAAAGAGCAGACAAUCUGCCAUCCUUAUAUAUUUUUCAUUUUAUUCAGAUGAGGUUUAUUGACAGAGAGGGGAUCACAGUGCAGACAGUGUCAUGGUGGGGAAUCGAUCUCCCUCCCACAGGGGUAGAGUCGUAUAUGGGUUGAAAUUUGGCCGUCCCACGGACUGUGCCAUAGUUAAUCUUUUUAUGAUCUUGUUUCCCUCAUCUCAUUUCUAUUGACCUUUAAAUGCAUAUAUAAUUGGAGAUUGAAAGAAAGUUAAAGUAUAAAUAAAUAAAGUUUCUGGAAAAAUAAAGUUAAUAAGUAUUUGAAGUUAUACUCUGGGCAAGCUGUAGUUGGAGGCAUUGAACACAUGGAAAGUGAGAGCUCUUACAAGUGAGAUCCAUGAACUGUUAAGCUUGCUACCUCAAAAUGGCAGGUAUCUUCCCAAGUGGGUGAGAAAUUACUUAUCAUUUAGCAAGACACUUUAUUUGAACUAAGUCAGUAAAUACUUGGCUGUAUAAAUGGAGACGAUAUGUUGAGAGCUAUUUAACUUGCCCUUGUUGUAAGCAUCUGUUUGACAAAUACAAAUGGUUCAUAUAGAAGAA